AUGUCCGAGGCGAGCCAUCAGGAGCACCCGCAGCCAAUGUACGGCCACGAGGCGGGGGUCGGCGGCGUGGAGCAGCGAGCGAAGAGCAUACCUAUCCGGAUCGACGACGGUGAUGGGGGCGGUGUGAUGGAGGACGCCGUGGCGGGUGGCUGGGGUAGCGGGGAUAAGAUGGACGGUGUGAUGGUGGAGGUGCCGCAGGACCAUGAGCACUAUGCGGACGCGGUGGACGCCUCCAUGCCUCUGACAAGCCAAACCUCGAACCAGCUCACGCUAUUGUUCCAGGGGGAGGCCUACGUCUUCGAUUCGGUCACGCCUGAGAAGGUUGGUUCACUCAGUGGCCUCCUGUUACUGUUCUUGAGCAUCUCUACAACGCUAACGGCUAUUGUUAAAAAAUUCUUCCUCCUCCCCUAUUUCGUGGUUUUCUUGGUUGCUUUCCGAAAAUGUUCGAUUUUUGAGUGUAAAUGUCAAAUAAGAGCACGUGGUUAUGCUCGAUGUGUACCUAAAAAUCGCCAAAUGAGCUCUCUGCUUCUGGGGCCGUCAUCUUAUGCUGCUUCGAGAGAUCAGAGCUUCGGGCCUCUUUGUUUUGGUAAAUCUUUUCGCUCCAAUUUUUAUGGAAAUAUAAUCCCUUUUGAAAAUCCUGUUUCGGAUUACCAUUCCUUUUGUCGCUGCAUUAUUUUUACGACUAUUGGUAGGUGAAGUAUCCACUGCAAUACAGAACCAAUCCCUGCAUCAUCUGGGUUGAUUCGAUCGAUGAACUUUGGACAACUCUCUUGCUAUUGACUUUGGGAAAAACCCACUCACCCCUUUCCGUUGUCAUUCCCAUUCGGUUGCGCCAACAGUUUGCUUGCUCACCAUAUGUUGCCAGAAUAAAUUGAAAUAUAUCUAAGAUAGCUAGAGCUGACAUGGUUCAGUAUGGCGAAAUGAAUCGACGACCAAGAUACGGAUUUACUCGGGGAUCCUAUGAAGUUUCUCGUUGAAGAAAUGUUGACUAUUGCGCCUUCCAGAAUGUUGGUGUGGAUCAUGAUGCAGCGAGAUUAGAGUUCUGGUUUAUUUAUGUCCAAUCCCUUUCCACCUUUUCAACACCUCCGUUGCAAUUUUGUAUAGCUUUGGUUUAAAAUUGUAACUCGCAACCUCUGAUGAUAUGGAAACACUGUGUUCGAACUAGCUUAGGGUUGCAAUUUUGUGGGUAGAUCGUGGGUGUGGUUAUAUCUAGGACAUGACAGGUUUGCCCAUCGCAAAAAAGAAAAACCUGACUUAAAAGUAUUAAAAGAAAAGGGUAAAAUAUAAUAUUUUAAUAAAUUUUAUCUUCUUGCAGUUUGUCGCUUAUGCUGGUUAAUUUUUUUCAUUUCUACUCUUUGUGCGAUGUUUACCUCUCUUUCUCAUCUAGAUAUACCUUCCUAAAAAGUCAACCCCGGCAUAAUUCCACGAUGCUAUCCAUCAUCUUUUAACACGUGCGUGAUUUAGGUGCAAGCCGUAAUGUUGCUUUUGGGAGGAUGUGAAGUCCCAACAACUGGAGGCACCAUGGCGCUCCAAUGUCAGCCGGAAAACAGGGUAUUACAUUCAAAGUAACAGGGUUUGUCUUGGCAGCUCUAGACUUGCUCUGUCUCUUAUAAGUUUCGUUUGUCGGUCAGUAGGGAUUGGAUGAUAUCUUGCGACGCACAAAUAUUCCAGCAAAACGCGUUGCUUCGUUGAUUAGGUUCCGUGAGAAGAGAAAGGAGCGGUGUUUUGAUAAGAAAAUUCGAUAUAAUGUCCGAAAGGAAGUGGCUCUCAGGUAAUAUUUUGGUCAGUGACAGCUUCAAGUUUCAUGGCUAUGUAAUUUAGUUUGCUAGAAUCACAUUCAAACAUCCACCAUGAGUUACCACGUCUGUAUCAGAUGAUAGUAAUGUUGUGCGAUUGCAUUUUCAAAGAAGAAGAAAAAAAAACUGUAUAACAGUAGAACCAUGAUACACUUUACGAUGCAACUGUGAGUUUACACGCUGAAUACCAACGGCAUUUUUCUGAUCCUUUCUGCUUCUCUUCCAGCCGCUCCGAUCCCUUAUUCUGUGAUCAAGUUUACUCUGUAUGUUGUUCAUAACUAAAGUUUGAUUUCUUCUGAAGUAUGGUUAGUGUUAAGAGUAUAUACAAAGAUCAAGAACGAUGUGAGCCUAAAUUGGCCCGUGUUUCUCGCUUGAAUGUAGAUACUUCUAUAUAUAUAUAUAUAUAUAUAUAUAUAUAUAUAUAUAUAUAUAUAUUCAAAUAUUACCAUGUAAUAUAGGACACUUAACCAAUGCUUAUUACCUUUUCUCUUCACUAAAGUGUAUCACUGGUCGUGGGCACGGCGUGUUUUUUUUUUUUUUUCUUUUCCUUGCCAAUGGUAGAAGGUUGGAAUUUUGAUUGGAAAUCGAUGUUUCUUCACCUGGUAUUCUUGCAAGGCCGCCAUCAGGAUAACUGGUGCAAAUUAAUUUUUAGUUCAUUUCAAAUGUCUGCUGAACGGGAUACGAAAACAACUGUCUGGAUGAAAGCAUUUUUCCUGAAAUAUCAGCGAUUUUCUGGUUAUUCAUUUGAAUUCUCUUCUUGAGAAUGGGACAGGAAAGUAGUACGUGAUAAAAAUGCAAGUAGACUGGUGGAAAACCAGUCGAGAAGAAGGAAUUGAAAUGCCAGCUUGAACCCUUAUCAAUUGUUCCUUGUGUUCGUUUCUAUUUUUCUGUAUACAAUCCUCGCUAAAGGAAAUAAUUUGUUGUUGUACAUUAUCUCAUUAUUUCAUGCUGUUACAGUCACUGUUACUUUUAAUAUAUACGUGACUUUUAGGAUGCAGCGUAGGAAGGGACAGUUUGCUGGGAAGGCGAAUCCUCAGGAGGGAACAGCAGCUUCUUCUAGUUCUGAUCCUGCUCAGAGCUCAAACAGCGAGGCUCUUCGAGAAACAAAGUCUCUUGCGCUCUCUCUCUCUCUCUCUCUCUCUCUCUCUCGCUCUCGUCAUCAUUCUCAAGGCUGUCCUAAUUUAUCACACUUUGAACGUUUGGAAUUUUUCCUUUGCCUUGUGUCCUUGAUAAUUAUUCUUUAAUUAAUGCAGAUGUCAGAACUGCGGCAUCAGUGAGAAAGCAACGCCUGCGAUGCGCCGUGGACCUGCAGGGCCUCGGUCGUUGUGUAAUGCGUGUGGAUUGAUGUGGGCUAAUAAGGUUGGUAUGUGCUGUCGCAGUGCACACCCAGAUCCCAGUGCCAUCAAAGUCAAUUCUUCAAUCACCCAUGUUUUUCUCUUGGGUUUAGUUCUCCCGACAGUCAAAGUGAUAUAAUGAAUACUCGGGCUGGAACCGUUGACCCACCCUCAGGAUCCUUUUCCUGAAUAGGAGAGGCCGUCAUUCUUUUCCCAAGAAUUGCCUCCAAUAUUUCGGUCUGAAGUGAUUGUGAGAAUACUCUUGCUGACAAGUAAUGUUUCUUUUUGUUUAGUCCUUGAGACGUCCCAUACUUUCCUAAAACUGAAAAAACUGUUCAUCUGGUCUUCUUCAAUGAGAUAUAUGUAGAGAGCUCGACGGUGACAUACUCUUUUUUUGACCAAGUGAUGAAACUAUGAUGUGAGAUUAUUGGUGUCUAGUCCAUUUCCCAGGUAGCUCCUUCUCGAUUCAUCUUUACCCGUUGACUUGGACCGGCCUCUCCAUUAAUUCUGCCCCUCAUGUCGGCAAUAUUAUGAGUGAUCGCCGAUCGUAGUCAAAACCCUGUCGGGUCGAGCUCCAUAGAUUUCACCCGGCUGAUGAAUUUUUCAGGGCACUCUGCGGAGUCCUAUGCGGGCCAGUAAGACGGCAGCCCAGAGUUCAGCGCUGUCGGUCGAACAGGUAUGUCGCCCCUCCCUCCCUCCUCUUGGUGGUACUGUGGCGCCUUACUACUUCAUCUGGGGUUGAUCGAUCUGUGGCUAUUUCCGUGAUCGACCGAGCUCCUUCCGCAGGGCGGCGAGAGCAAUGACGUGGGCACGGGUCGUGAUAACAAGGCGCUCAUCGUCGUGGCCAAUGAUCAUAACUCGAUGGCGACCACCGCCGGCGUGUGA